AUGAAUUUAAGUUGAAACUAAUAAAAUGAGUGCACAAAGCCUCAGACCCCUCUAGAAAACCAUCAAAAUGAUCUCUUACCGAGAAUUCCUUUAACCAAAUUCUUGAAAAUUCCAGCCCAGUUUUUCUCUGAAAAUCCAGAAGUGAUUUCUGACCAGUGCAGACCAAGUGUUCGAUGAAAUGAAUACUUCAAGAAGCAGAGCAACACGUGCCCCAAAAUUUCACCCUCAGCACAUCCGGCAAUCCUGUGGAAUUUCUGCCCACUUUAACCUGGAAAUGAAUUACUGACCCUGAAGUGUUUGUUGAUAUGCCUGAUUCAGGAAAGAGAGAAACAACACAAGGGAAUAAUCGUCGCAAUUCUGAAGAUUUACCUCAAGCUCAGUCUUCAGGUACAUCCCAUCAUCCUAGCCACAAUGUUAAUCCUAAUUCAAGCUUAGUCAAGGCCGGCGAAUCUAUGAGUAAGGCCGUAGCACAGUUCACCGCCGAUGCUAGACUCCAUGCUGUCUUCGAGCAAUCCGGCGAGUCCGGGCGGUCCUUCAAUUACUCACAAAGUGUUCGGACCAACAGUGAAUCUGUUCCCGAGCAGCAGAUCACCGCCUACUUGUCGAAAAUGCAGCGGGGCGGCCUCAUCCAACCUUUUGGUUGCAUGAUAGCUGUCGACGAGUCCAAUUUCCGAGUGAUCGCUUACUCGGAAAACGCCCGCGAAAUGCUCGCCUUAACGCCUCAGUCGGUUCCGAGUCUCGAGAGACCGGAAAUCUUGACAAUUGGGGCUGAUGUGAGAACCCUUUUCACCCCCUCAAGCUCUGUAUUGCUCGAGAAGGCUUUUGGUGCUAGGGAGAUUACUCUGUUGAAUCCUGUUUGGAUUCAUUCAAGAACUUCUGGGAAGCCCUUCUAUGCAAUUUUGCACCGGGUGGAUGUGGGAAUUGUAAUCGAUUUAGAACCCGCAAGAACCGAGGACCCUGCCCUGUCUAUUGCAGGUGCAGUCCAGUCACAGAAGCUUGCAGUGAGAGCCAUUUCCCAUUUGCAAUCACUCCCAGGUGGAGAUAUUAAGCUUUUGUGUGAUACUGUAGUAGAUAGUGUGAGGGAGCUCACGGGGUAUGAUCGGGUUAUGGUUUAUAAGUUUCAUGAAGACGAGCACGGUGAGGUUGUUGCUGAAAGUAAGAGACCCGAUUUAGAGCCGUAUAUCGGUUUGCAUUACCCUUCCACAGAUAUUCCACAGGCGUCGAGGUUUUUGUUUAAGCAAAAUAGAGUCAGAAUGAUUGUCGACUGUCACACCAAGCCUGUGAGGGUCGUCCAAGAUGACGCACUGAUGCAGCCCUUGUGUUUGGUGGGGUCAACACUUCGGGCCCCACAUGGCUGCCAUGCCCAGUACAUGGCGAAUAUGGGGUCUAUUGCCUCGUUGACAUUGGCAGUUAUUGUCAAUGGGAGUGAUGAAGAUGGUGUUAAAGGAAGGCAGUCAAUGAGGCUGUGGGGAUUGGUCGUCGGCCAUCACACAUCUGCACGGUGUAUACCUUUCCCACUUCGUUACGCUUGUGAAUUCUUGAUGCAGGCAUUUGGGCUUCAGCUGAAAAUGGAGUUACAGCUCGCUUCGCAGUCGUCCGAGAAACAUGUUCUGAAGACACAAACCCUGUUGUGUGAUAUGUUGCUUCGUGAUUCGCCUACCGGUAUUGUUACACAAAGCCCUAGUAUAAUGGACCUAUUGAAAUGUGAUGGAGCUGCACUGUACUACAAGGGGAAGUACUACCCUCUUGGAGUGACACCAACCGAAGCGCAGAUAAAGGAUAUUGUGGAGUGGCUGUUGGCUUGUCAUGGCGACUCGACAGGUUUGAGCACCGAUAGUUUAGCUGAUGCAGGUUACACUGGGGCAGCCUCUCUAGGUGAUGCAGUUUGUGGAAUGGCUGUUGCGUAUAUCACUUCGAGUGAUAUUCUGUUCUGGUUCCGUUCACACACGGGAAAAGAAAUCAAAUGGGGCGGUGCGAAGCAUCAUCCAGAAGAUAAAGAUGAUGGCCUUCGGAUGCAUCCUCGUUCUUCGUUUAAGGCGUUUCUUGAAGUGGUCAAGAGAAGGAGCAUGCCAUGGGAGAAUGCAGAGAUGGAUGCAAUUCACUCUUUGCAGCUUAUUUUGAGAGAUUCUUUUCGAGGAGCAGAUGGAAGCAACUCGAAGGCGGUGGUGGAUGCCCAUGUUGAGGACUUGGAGUUACAGCAAGGAAUGGACGAACUAAGUUCUGUUGCCAGAGAAAUGAUUAGGCUGAUAGAGACUGCAACAGCUCCUAUAUUUGCUGUGGAUGUUGAAGGCCGCAUAAAUGGUUGGAAUGCGAAAAUUGCGGAGCUGACUGGACUUUCCGUUGAAGAAGCAAUGGGGAAGUCAUUGGUUCAUGAUCUUGUUCACAAAGAAUCAGAAGAAAUUGCCGACAAGCUUCUGUUUCAUGCUUUGAGAGGUGAGGAAGAUAAGAAUGUCGAAUUACGAUUGAGGACAUACGGCACCGAUCACCACGAGAAAGAUGUGUUUGUGGUAGUCAACGCUUGCUCAAGCAAGGACUAUACAAACAGUAUAGUCGGUGUAUGCUUUGUUGGUCAAGAUGUGACCGGCCAGAAAGUGGUAAUGGACAAGUUUGUGCACAUUCAAGGCGAUUACAAGGCAAUUGUACACAGUCCGAGCGCUCUCAUACCACCUAUAUUUGCUUCCGAUGAGAACACAUGUUGCUCCGAAUGGAACACCGCCAUGGAAAAACUGACCGGGUGGAGUAGAGUCGAAGUCAUAGGGAAGAUGCUAGUUGGGGAGAUAUUCGGCAGUUGCUGCCGCUUAAAGGGUCCCGAUGCUAUGACAAAAUUCAUGAUUGUCUUGCACAAUGCAAUUGGAGGGCAAGACACAGACAAGUUCCCGUUUUCUUUCGUAGACAAGAGUGGGAGAUAUGUGCAAGCUCUGUUGACCGCAAACAAGAGGAUGAACAUGGAUGGGCAGAUUAUUGGAGCUUUUUGCUUCUUGCAGAUUGCUAGCCCCGAGCUACAGCAAACUUUGAGAAUUCAGAAACAACAGGAGAGGACGACUGUUUCAAAAAUGAAAGAGUUGGCUUAUAUUUGCCAGGAAAUAAAGAAUCCUCUAAGCGGUAUACGUUUCACUAACUCACUCUUGGAAGCCACGGAUUUGACCGAAAACCAAAAGCAGUUUCUCGAGACUAGCGCUGCUUGUGAGAAGCAGAUGUUGAAGAUAAUGAAGGAUGUUGAUCUUGAAAACAUUGAGGAUGGAUUUUUGGAGCUUGAGACAGCAGAAUUUGUACUCGGUAGUGUAAUAGAUGCUGUCGUUAGCCAAGUAAUGUUGUUGUUGAGAGAGAGAGAUCUGCAAUUGAUUCGUGAUAUACCAGAGGAAGUGAAGACACUGGUUGUCUACGGUGAUCAAGUUAGAGUUCAACAGGUCUUGGCAGAUUUUCUACUCAGUAUGGUUCGAUAUGCACCAUCUCCAGACGGCUGGGUUGAAAUUCAACUUAGACCAAGCGUGAAGGAAGUUUCUGAAGGAAGAACCACUAUGCACAUCGAGUUUAGGAUUGUGAGCCCAGGUGAAGGUAUUCCACCAGAGCUAGUACAGGACAUGUUCCACAGCAGUCGAUGGGUGACUCAAGAAGGUCUAGGGCUAAGCAUGUGCCGUAAAAUAUUGAAGCUUAUGAAAGGAGAAGUUCAGUACAUUAGAGAAUCGGAAAGAUGCUAUUUUCUCAUCGUUCUUGAUCUGCCCUUGCUCCAGCAGAGUGGCUCGAUGAAUAUUGGCUAAUUUUUUCCAAGGCAAGAAUCCACGACUCUCUCUCUCUCUCUCACUAUCUUUGUUUUAUAUAUAUAAUAUAUAUAUAGAUAUUCCGACAGAUACAAUAACAGUAGUGUUGCUUAUGAGACAAUUUUCCAUGUCUGAGUGAGACGACGAAGACAGUGCAAAUUUGUUUGUUGGAAUUCUGCCUGCCCUGAAAAUUGUCAAGGGGUUCGGCUGUGCUAACCGGUAUGAUGUACUCUAUGAAUAUAUUUGCUCGUGUGUGACUAUUACUUUUAUUUGUCCGAAAUGUGAAACGCGAAUGUUGAAAAAUAAUUGCUGCUUGGCUGCUCAUGAGGGUUUUUUUCUACCCUAUUUAAUAAUAAGCUCCUGUGAGGAUUGUAUUGUACCCUACUCCCCUUGAACAGUAUAAAUGAGCAUAAUUAAUAUCUAUACUUCAA